CUCCGGCACGCGCGCACGGCUCUCGCUCUUCGCCGAUCGCGUCUAUUUCGGUGCCGAUACCGCGUCGUCAUAUAUAUAUAUAUAUAUAUACGUGUAAUAAUCGCGAUCCGCGCGACUUCCGGUACUCGUCGUCGUAACACCCGUCGCCCGUCCACUCGGUCCGGUAGUGCAUAUUUUUUAUUCGGUUUGGCCCCGUCGGGUUUUAUCGUUUUCCGUUUCCAAAAAACGGCUCUUACCGACCGGCCGCCGAGACGACCGCGCGUCUUCGCGGCGUGCACGGUUUCGCGCCAAACACUCGCCGAAUAAUAUUAUCGCUGUCGUCGUCGUCGACGGUUGUUCGCCGCCGUACGAGCCUGGUGCGUCCGGUAAUAAUACGGCGGCCAGUCGCGGUCCGCCGAGUUCAAUAAUAAUUUACUGUAAUAACGGCAAGUCGCCGAUCGCGUUUCGCGUUUCGCCGGCGACCGCCCGCGGGACGGUGGUGGAAUCCUUUGCCGACGGAGUGGUGACCGACGACGACGAUAUCGCCGUAAUUAUUAUGCCGAGGGCUUGAACAAGGGCCCGUCCGUUGGCAAACCGAUAGUGGUGGUAUAAUAAAGGCGCGCCGUCGCAUCGACAACGCAGAAUAUGGGAACAAUAUUCGGUGUACACAAUCGGCUUCAUAUGGCAGCAGGAAUGUUGCUAUCUAGCUAUUUCAUCAUAGUUCAAACAUCAUCUAUUCGAAACGAAAAUACUACAAGUUAUAACGGUAACACGAUUACAGAUGCAGAAGAAGAGACGGAAAAAAUUAGUCCAUUUUGGUCGUUUAAUGACACCGUUGACUUGACGAAAUAUGAACAGUUUGAUCAUCAACGUUUUAUUGAAACUGUGUUGGAUCCUGAAUUAGUUCAACCAACAACAUCUACUGUGCCAAAAAUAAAGACACCUCCACAUACAAGACGGAGAAACUCCACUAAAACUCAACAAUCAAUAUCGCCUCCAGUAUUUGAGGGUCCAGCAAUGUCUAAUGUGACAGCUAGAUUGGGCGAGAGCACGUUUCUAUACUGCACAGUCCAAAACCUGAAACAGAGACCGGUAUCGUGGGUUCGUCGUCGAGAUUGGCAUAUACUAAGCUCCGGUGUUUUUAUGUACACAAAUGAUGACAGAUUUCAUGUGAUGCAUGCAGACAACGCAGAUAAUUGGGAUUUACAGAUCAAAUAUGUACAAAAAAGAGAUGCUGGUUCAUAUGAAUGCCAAGUGGCAAUGGGAACGGGUAUUGCUUCGCAUUACUAUAACUUGGAAGUGAUUGUACCAACGGCUCGAAUUCUAGGAAGAGAAGAGUAUCAUAUUGGAAAAGGAAGCACAAUAAAUCUCAUAUGUGUCAUAGAAAAUGGAUCCUCGUCAACAAGAAAUGUCGUUUGGGUUCAUAAUGGAAUUCCUAUAUAUAAUAUUAAAAAUAACAAGAAAGAUGAUCCUAGUCCAAUUUUGGUAACUACUGAAGUCAUACAACCUGACAAUACCAUUCAGAGUAGGUUAUUUAUUCGAGGGGCAUCUCCGUCAGCUUUGGGAAAUUACACAUGCACAGCGCCAUACACCGAACCUGACACGGUCAAUGUUUACGUGAGCGAAGAAGGAGACAAUAUUGCUGCAAUUCAAAGACACGGAACUUCAUCGAGUGCCUCUAGUGUUUUGAUAAUUCACAUUGUAUUCCCGAUGAUAGUUGUAUUACAGAGGAUUGUAAAAUUCAUUUGAAAUGAAUAAUUAUGUACAUAAUCAUAUUAAUCUGAUAUGGAACAAACAUCAUUUAUAAAAUAGCUGCGAAGUCGUACAAUAAUGAUGAAUUGUUUAACAUUACUCUUUUGCUGAAUUACAGUUUUUGAGUUAUCGUGAAUAUAUUUAUAAACAUA